AUGGGUGAAGAAAACUAUUCAGCAGAAAGUAGCAGUCCAAAAAACCUAUAUUUUGAAGAAGUUGAAAGUGAAAUAAGAGAAUUUAAAGUAAAGCAAAAUGAUACUUUUAACUUUUACCUGGACAGUAUAGAUAAACUCUUAGAAAAAGUUCAAAGGGCAAAAAGGGAUGUAGAAGAAAGAAUAAAGAAAAAGGAAAAUAUGAAAAGCGAACGCGAAAGUUUAAGUGAUAAUAAUAGCAGUGGUAAUAAUAAUAAAAGGAAUAAUAAUAAUAGUUGUGAUAAUAAUAACAAUAGGGAUAAUAAUAAUAAUAGUGGUAAUAAUGCAGCAGUUAAAAGCAUCAUUUCUAGUCAUAGAGAUGUCAAAAGUAAUUACGAUGUAAAAGAACUAGUGAAAGAUGUGAAAGAAUUAAAAUUGACAGAAAAAGUAAAUGAAGAAAAUAAAAAGUUUUACAACAUUUUACUGUUAUCAUAUAGAGGAAUAAUAUCUUUAAUUAAACAGGAGACACCUGAAAUUUUCAAAAAUAUUUAUAUAAAAAAGGAUGUUAUUCUUAGAUUAAUUCUAUUGCAUUUUUUGCAAAAGGGGGAUUUCUUUAUGUAUUAUGUAUUGAAUAAGGAAAUUGAAAAAAAGAAAGAAAAAAGAAUAAAGAAAAAUGGUAUAAAUAUGACAAAUGAGCCAAAUGAUAAUUCAACAUUGAAUUCUUAUAAUGCAAAGGUAAAGGAUGGGAUUGUUCCCAUUUUAGGAAAUAAAAAUGAGCAAAAUGUAUUUGAUAAAGAUAGGGAGACAUUUAGUAAGUCUAAAUUGUUAGGUAAGCUUACGUUUAUUCGUAAUAUUUGCCCAUUAUCUUGUGGAGGAAAAAAGGAAAAAAUGAAACAGGUACCCCUUUUAAAAGGAAUAGAAUUAUAUACUGACAGGAACUGCUCUAAGAAUGAUGCUUUAGAAUGGAAUCAUUCUGAAAGUGUAAAUGAUGACAAUAGUAAAUAUUACAGUAAUAACAUUUUAGGAGACCACCAUAAUUAUAAACAUAUUAAGGAUGAAAUAUCCUUUUAUGAUAUUAGAAAUGAUGAAGUAAUGGGUAAUCCUAGUAAAGACAGGUAUUAUAAUAAUGGCAAAUAUUCUAUCCUUCUUAAUAACAUAAAAAUAGAUAAAGUUAAAAAUUACAAAGGCAAGUUAUUUCAUGAAUUAAAAAAAGAAUACAUAAGCAAAAUAAGCUUUGAGAAUAAUUCUGAACAAAUAGAUAUCAAACAUACAUUAAUUGAGAAGGAAGUAUUUGAGGGUUAUAGAAAGCUACAUACCAUUUUAUAUAAUUUAAAAAAUUUUGAAGUAGUUACAUGUAUUGAUUGGUACAAUAAUUGCAGUGAAUCGACUAAGAAGAAAUAUUCCAAGCUAAUAUAUUUAUUACAUUGUAUUAAAUAUUUAAUAUAUUCAAAAGAAAAUAAAGAAAAAGCUUUAACGUGCUUAAGGGAUCUUAUGAUGAACUAUAAUGAAAACAGAUCGCAUAUAUCAAGAUUAAGUACUUUUAUAUGUAUAGGUGUUGAUAAUUUCUUUUUUAAAGACAUGUUUUCAAAUGUUCACUCAAAGGUUUUUAAUUAUUUUAAACGAGCAUUUAAUGAAGAAGGAAUAAUUAUUAAUGUAAAGGGGAAAGACAAAUUGAACACAAAGGGAAAAAGAAAUGGAGGAAAGAAGGGGAUAAGAUCGAUCAAUAAGGAUGGGAGUAAAAAAAAUGUUCGAAAAAUUUUAGCAAGCAAUUUUAUAGAAAAAGUAAAAAACAGAGGGAAACACAAUACCUCAAAAAAGGAGGAAAAAGGUGAAAGUUAUGAAUAUAGCGAGGAUGAUGAUGAGCUUCAUGUCGAUAGCAUAGAUAGCAGUGUAUAUGAUAGCGAAGAGGACGAAGAGAGCAGCUCCAUCGUGGACUAUGUAACAAAGGAAGCCAUAGAAAGUAGAGAUGGACAUACUUCAAGAAAAAAGAAAAAAGGAAAAAAAAAAGAAAUGACAAAAUUAAAUAAGAAAAGGAAAGAAAGGAAGAAGAGUAUAAAGGUGAAUGAACAAAUUUUAGAAAGAAAAAUAAAAAAAAACAAGGAAAAGAUAAUGAAAAGAAAUAAACAAAAGGAACAAAAUAUAAAUUCUUCAUAUAAGAUAUGUCAAAAAGAAUAUGCGUUAAAUAUCAAAAUGGGUCGUAAUAAGGGACCUUUAAUACAUAACAAUAUAUAUAAGGAAAAGCACGCACAUAUUGUGACAGGUGGUUUGAAUAACAGUCAAGUUGAACUAGAGGUGGAAAAUAAUUCCCGUCCGUUAAGUGAAAAAUAUAUAGAAAACAAUAUUUAUGAAUUAUUAAAAGAAGAAAAUAGGAAACGAAACCCAUUCUACUAUGAUGCGUCCAAUGAUUAUUACACAAGUAACAAAAAUUUGAUUCUACCAAAAGUGAAAUUGAGUAAUAGUAAGAAAAAUCAGGACAAGAAAAGAAGUGAUGGAAAGGAGGAAAAUGAAGUGAAAGAAGAAGAAGAAGAGGAGGAGGAAGAAGUGGAGAAACUGAAAAAAGGUUGGUAUAGUUACAUUUUUAAUUGUGCAAAGGACGUUUUUUCAGAAGUACAUUCUCGAAAUGAUAAGGAGCAUGUUAUAAACAGUAACUGUAAAUUUGAUAGUAAUGUAGAUAGAUAUUAUAAUGAUAUUGAUGUGAAUGAAAAAAAGGAAUCAGAAGGUAUAUAUUUGUAUGAGUUAAGUGAAAAUGAAUUAUCUCAAAUAUAUCAAAAUGAUAACUCGUAUAAAACUUAUAAAAAGUUAAAUAAGGCAACACAGUUUUAUGAUAAUAAGGAUACAAAAAUUUUAAGUAAUUCUAUUCAAAAUUUAAAUUGUGGUUAUCAUAAAAAUUGCAUAAAUAUAAACACGAAUAAUUUUACUAAUUGGUUCUCCUCCUAUUAUGUUAACCAUCAUAAUGGAAGCAAUACAUAUUGUAGCAGCAAUAAUUUUUUCAGUAAUGUAAAUAACGACAGAAACAACAAAACAUAUAGUAAUAUUCAAUGGUUGAACUCAUAUAACAUGUUGAAUGAAUCCUGUUUCGUAAGGAGACCAAAUAUCUUAAAGAGAAAAUUUGCAAAAUGUAAGUUUUUAAAUCGUCUUUGUAAAAAUGAUAAGAUAAAUGAAAAAAAAAAAAAAAUUGAUACUACUCUAUUGUCUAACGAAAUUGGUUCUAACAAAUUAUUACCCUAUGAAGAGAAGAAAACAAAUGAAGAAAGUGAGUAUAAAAAGGAAAUAGACAGUAGUAGCACAAGUUGUGGUUUAAACAAAGGAAACAAAAUCAUAAAAUUAAAAAGAAAAACAGAAGUUGGAGGAGAUCACAUUAAUAGUAGUAGUAUAUCAAACAAAAUUAAAAAAAUUGAAGAAGAAUAUGCCCAAUUUAAGGAAAAUACCGAAUAUGAAAAUGCACAGUGGUACAGUAGUUCAUAUAGUAAUACAUCCUUAAGCUCUGGUCAUACUUUUUAUUCUUCUAGUGGAGAUGAUAUCAACUUUUCUAGUUCUUCUAACUCUGAUGAUAAUAAGAAAGAGGAUAUUAACAAAGUAAAAGAAGAAGUUGAUUUAAUUAAAGAAGAUUUUUUAAAAAAGAAUGCUAUGAUAGCUUUAUUAAAUACAAACAAUAUACAAGCGUACAAUAGAGCUAUAUUAGCUGCAAAAAAUACUAGGUUAACAAAAACAUCUAUAGAUGUUAGUAGGAUUUUGUUAACUCAUGCUUUAACCAAUAGAGAGAUCUAUACCUUGCACAAUUCAUUGUCGAAUAAUAAAAGUAAUGCGGAGUUUCGACGCAUCUGUUUGAAGUGGAAGGCGAAUAAGGUGAAGAGAAGAAAUCGUCUGAGAAAAAGAGAGAAAAAUAAUGAAAAAAAGAACAAAGAAAAACACGAUAAGAAAAAGAAAAACGAGGAAAGGGCACAGGAAGAUAAUGAAAAAGAUAAUAAUAGGGAUAACAGCAAUAGCAAUAAUAAUAAUGCAAAAAGAAGCGAUGAGGUUAAUUCAAAAAAAAAUAAAAAAGGCUCCCCGGCGCAAAGUAAAAUAAAAAUCAAGUGCGUAAAUAAAAAAAAGGGCAACCCCCCCGAAUCUUCUGUUAAGUCAUCAUCUACGAGUGCUUUAGGAAAUUUUGAUGUGAAUGAUGUUAUCACAUUAACAAAAGAAUGUUUACUGUUGAAAAAGGAAAACGAGAAAAAGAAUGAAGAUGAAAAGGUAAAAAUUGAAAAAUGCUCAAAAAGAGAAGAAAUAAAUGAAGAGUUAGUUGAAAAACGUAAGUGUAACCAAGAGUCCGCGAAAGAAGAGAAAAAAGAGAAUCCUGCAGAACGAGUGAAAGAAAUAAACGAAGGGAUAGGGAAGCAGGAAGUUGAUAAGAACAAAAACACGAUGGAUAGCGGUAAUAACGAUGGUGGUGUUGCUGGAAAUGCUAACAGUAUUGAAAAAUUAGACAUACUGAAUAAAAAGGAUAAUAAAAUUUUUCUCUGUGAAGAGAUACGUGUAAAGGAAAAAGAUAUAGAGAGGGUUCCAAUUGAAGAGGAAACUAAUGAAAGGGAUAAAAAGAGUGAAAAUAAUAAAAUGAGCGUAGACGAAAAUUAUAUAAAUAAAAGCAUAGAAGAAAUAAACGAAAAAGGAGAGAGAGAAGGAAGAAAUAAAAUGGAGAAGGUAAAUGAAGAAAAUGCUCAAAUAGAAAAAAAACACAUAGAAAUAGAUGAACAAAAUGAGUGGGGAAAGAAAACUUGUGUUGAGGAUGAAAUCAAAGGUGAUAAAGAUCAUUUGCUUGCAACGAACAAAAAAGAAAUGGAUGGCGGAAAUAAAGAAAAAAGAAAAAUUAAGGAAAAUAUUGAGGCAAAAAUUAAAAAAGAAAAGAAAGCAGUUUUUUUAGGGACAUACAAGAAAAACUUUAAAAAGAGAAGAUAUUAUUCCAAUUUUUUACUUGAUGAGCAAACAGAAACUAAAAUGAAGAGAAAUAAAAAUGAAGCUAGUGAUAACAAGUCAAAUAAAAAUAAAAAGGAAACUUGGAAAACAGAUCAUGAGAGAAAAAAUUGCGGCAGUAGUAGUAGCGGUGAAUUUAAGAAGAAAAAAAAAGGAAAUGAAAAGGAAAAAAAGAAGAAGAAAAAUAAUAUGAAAAACGAUGAAAAAAAUUCAAAACCAAAUAAAAGCAAAGGCGCAGGAAAAGAAAAUAAUAAUGGAAAUCUUAAAGAUAGAAAAUUUAAAAAAGGAAAGGAAAAAAAAAAUUGUAAAGAGAAAAAAGUAUACAUCCAUUUGGAAAGCCCUUUAUCCAUCCUGGUAUGCGGUGGAUUAAUAAGCUCGAAAAAAUUAAUAGAAGCUCAGGCCAUUUUGAAGGAAAACAAUAAAAGAUUACAAGAAGCCAAAAAUAGUUCUUCAUCGAAUAAUGCAAAUGCAAAAGGAACACAUAAUUCUAUUGAUAAAUUAGCAAAGGAGCAAAAUAAUAAGAAGAAAAAAGAAAGCUCUUCUCUGUUUUCGAAUUCGUUAGCAGUAGAAGUUGAUUUGAGUGGAUGUUUCUUUUUCCAUUCUUCAUUUACUUGUCCUAUUAGUAGGGAUAAAUCUUCAAAGGACAAUCCUCCCUACCUACUUACGUGUGGACAUGCCAUUUGCAAAAGCUGUGUUGAUAAAAUUCACGCGCAAAGAUCCAGACAAUUCAAGUGUCCAAUGUGUCCGCAGUAUUUACAUUUGUUGGAGAUAAUUCCCUUAUAUUUUAAUUAA